AUGCAAUCGACUAAAAAUCAAACAAGCAAUUUUUCGAAUAUUAUAACAUCUAUGGUUAUUAUACGUUGGAUUUUAACGUUAGGACAAAAAUUAUAUUAUAUCUGGUUCUAUAUAAAUACAUGUUUAGUUAAAACUAUGCAAAAGAAUAUUUCACCUGCUCUGGGAGCAAUAUUUGGGAUGGUUUUUUUAGAAGGACAUACGAUGUGUAAAGCUGUAUGGUAUACUUUUAAAAAAUAUCGUAAUGAUCCAAAAUUUUAUGGUUUCAAUCAAUGGGAUGAAGAAUAUAGUUGUCAUCGUCCUGUUUUAUUAUUACAUGGUGCAGUUGGAUCAUGGUCAUAUCUUGGUGAUUUAGCAAUUACAUUAAAAAAUGCUAAUAUUCCUGUAUUUGUUAUAGAUCUCGGUUUUGGUUUACCUCGGGAAGAAAUGCGUGAGAAAAUUUUCAAUAAAAUCGACGAAAUAAGAAAACUAUAUUCUGAUUCGAAUAAAAAAUCUGCUGACAACUCUAAAUCUGAUCAAAAUAAAAUAAAUACCUUCGUUAUUAUACACAAAAGAGCUCCAAAAUUGAGAUUAAGAAGAAUAACUGAGGAAAGUGACAUUGGCUCAUUUGAAAAGAAUUCGAAUACCAUCCCGUUGAUCGAUAUUAUUGCACAUUCCGAUGGAGGAAAUCUUGCUUUAUACAGUGCUUUUACUCAAGACUGUUCAUAUAUUGAUGGAGAUGGUAAUUUGAAAUUUCGAACAGUACCACAAGCAAAUCCAUUUAUUGGAAAAAUAAUAACUGUUGCUCUUCCUUCAAAUCAUACAGAAACAAAUUCUAUACGUGAUAUUAAUAAAAUUAAUGAUUUAUUUAAUAUUAAUGCUACAUUUGACGCACUUAUGGCUAAUAAAAAAUGUGCUUUACUAGAAGAACUUCCGUCACAUGUUGAAUAUGUUGAUGCUGGACAUAUUGGAAUCGUAUUUAAUCAUACAACUUACACUCGAAUUCUACAGUUUUUACUUAAAUAA